UCCCUUUCCCUUCUUGUUCAUUCAGAACAGAUGAUGCUCUGAUCACAUGGACCCGUCAACCUCGCCUCCCCUCCUUUACAGCCCUUUAAAUAGCUAUAUUACAAGAGAAUUCAUUUGUACUAUACUCACAGAGAGAAAGGGGAAGAGAAAGGAGCAGGAGGAGGAGGCAAGGAGAGGGAAAUUUAAUAGGCAAACAUGACAGGGGAGGCUUAAGGAUGAGGAUGGAGGAGGCUCUCUCAAAGACCAGGGAGGACAGGGGGGUGUGAGCAAUGGUGCUUCAUGCCUCUUUUGUUGUAGCAGGCAGGAGGAGAGAGGGAGCAAGCAAGAGGAGACGUGGCUGGGAAAAUCUAUCCCUCUCACAGAGAUGCUGAUGGCAUGGAGUGGAUGGUUGCAGAGCACCUGCUUUGCCUUCAGCCCAGCCUUGGGGUCACCGCCAGCUGCCCCCCAGAAUGCCUCAUUACAGAAUUCCCAUUUCCAGCAAUUGUGCUGAAGCUAAUGGAGAAAUGACUGUCCCAAGUCUACUCAAAGCAUGCAAGACUAUGAUGGGAUCUGAACUCAGGGUUUCCAGGAUCAAAGCCAACAUCUUAUGUCUUCUACUGUACUGCCUCUCAUACUGAGCCCCACCAUGGCUGGAGAUUCUAGGAUCUUCAUGAACCAGGACAUGGAAAUUGAUGUCACUCCAAGAGAGCUUAAGAAGAUUCCCAAGCAAGCCCGAGAUGAUAUCCCGAUUGCCACCGAUCGAACGCGUCUUUUGGCAGCAGAAAUAAAAAAACCACGCCAACGCUACAUGGAAAAAAGUGGCAAGUGUAAUGUGCACCAUGGAAAUGUCCAGGAAACCUAUAGAUAUCUCAGUGACCUCUUUACCACUUUGGUGGACCUCAAGUGGCGCUUUAACCUUCUUGUGUUUACCAUGGUCUACACCAUCACUUGGCUGUUUUUUGGUUUUAUUUGGUGGCUCAUCGCCUACAUUCGAGGAGACCUAGACCAUGCAGAAGAUGAAGACUGGAUUCCUUGUGUCGACAAUCUCAGUGGAUUUGUCUCAGCGUUCCUGUUCUCCAUUGAGACAGAGACCACCAUUGGAUAUGGCCACCGGGUGAUCACAGAAAAAUGUCCUGAGGGUAUCAUAUUACUUUUGGUUCAGGCCAUACUGGGCUCUAUAGUCAAUGCAUUCAUGGUGGGAUGCAUGUUUGUGAAGAUCAGCCAACCAAAGAAGAGGGCAGAGACCCUCAUGUUUUCCAACAAUGCUGUGAUUUCAAUAAGGGACGAGAAGCUGUGUCUUAUGUUCCGAGUUGGAGACUUAAGAAAUUCCCACAUUGUUGAGGCCUCCAUUAGAGCCAAGCUGAUAAAAUCCAAACAGACCAAAGAAGGGGAAUUCAUCCCUUUGAAUCAAACAGACAUCAAUGUGGGAUUUGACACAGGGGAUGACAGGCUGUUUCUGGUGUCCCCGCUCAUUAUUUCGCACGAAAUCAACGAGAAGAGUCCCUUUUGGGAGAUGUCCCGUAGCCAGAUGGAAAAAGAGGAGUUUGAAAUUGUGGUCAUUUUGGAAGGGAUGGUGGAAGCAACUGGAAUGACCUGCCAGGCUCGGAGCUCCUACAUGGACACCGAAGUGCUCUGGGGACACCGCUUCACCCCUGUGCUCACCCUGGAGAAGGACUUCUACGAAGUCGACUACAACAGCUUCCACAACACCUACGAAACCAACACCCCCUCAUGCUGUGCCAAAGAACUGGCUGAGUCUUUCCGGGAGGGGCGGCUCCUCAGCCACCCCUCCAAUGCCAACCUGCUGAGUGCGGUGGAGUCAGAGAAGGAGACAGAGUGUGAGGAGAAGGAAGACCAGGAUGAGGAGAAAGGCAAUGGAUGCCAAGAUGCAAGCAAAGUUGACAGCCAGGAGCCCAUUGAGUUGAAUGGAGCCAACGGGACAGCAGGAGAGGUGAAGGACAACUUGUUCUUAUAAUGCAAAGACCUUUUUUCUGAACUUUAGGAAAUUCAGGUGCACCGUGGAGGGGGCACAGAGGGAGAAUGCAGGACUAAACAUUAUGGGACUAUGUUGCCAUCCUGAGUGAUGUACCUUCACUCAGAUGGGCCCCUCCAGAUAUUUGGGCUUCUCCUUCCAUUCUGAAAAAAUGGGGGGCAUUACUACAGGGACUGACUCAUCAAUCCGAGAUCCAUGGACAUGAAAACAAGUACUAAUGUAAGAUGUAUUAUGAUAAUGAUAAUUAAUAUUGGGAUUUCACUGUUAUUUUCUUGGACUGUGUCUGUUCAGGAAGAUGGGGCAUCUAUUUUAAAACUCCUUGUCCAGUGAAAGGAAUGUAACUCUGAACCUUUUCCUUCUUAACUCAGUGCAUUGGAGACACUAAUUAAUUUGAGAGAGAGAGAGAGAGAGAGAG